UGCUGACUUAAAUGCAACAACGGUGUAUUUCCGGUUGACAAAUCGCUUCUGCCAUACACUUUGCCUUACAUCCCGUGCAGAAACUAACAAUAAAUGAAUGGAAACCGUUAUUACCAAGUAUCUAAAAAGUACACGAAGUUCUCUGUCAACUUCAAAUUGUGUUGAUCAACAAUUUAGUAUUGUGUACUGGAGUUUUUCUCACCUGUUUAUUUAAUACACCGGGUCUUUUAGCCUCGCAGACUGUCAGCAUGGUUGACACUAGUGGCAACCUUUCAGAUUCACCCUAUGACAACAUUCCUCCAACUCAAAUCCAACGACAGCACUUUUAUGCUUUGUAUACUUUCCACUCGACCAGGUCCAAACCUCGGAAGUGUCAAGAGAAAAGUGAAGCUUCAGUAGAGGACCAAGAGAAGGGUGAUGAUGAUAUUGAAGAACUAAGUCUUUCUAUUGUAGCUACAGAUUUAAAUGCAGGGAUUGAAAUUGAGUUGCGGAAGUGUUUGGUACAGCGUUUAUCGAAAGGUGUUGACUGCAUUGGUAGCGGAAAUGUUGUUAGCUUAACUUCUAGUGAAAAUUCAGAUUUUCCAUCAGUCUGCUAUUAUUGUCUAUGGAAAUCUGAUUCAAAUCCUGCCUGCAAAAGUACACCGGUGCUACCCCCAUCACCAAAAUCUCGGACAACAUCUACUGGAGAUUAUUUAGUAUGUUUCCUGUUUAGUCAAGAAGAUUCACUUGAACACUUUCGUGUUGAUCUUGAUGAUUAUAGUGGAGGUGUUCUACAAUACCUUGAUGCUGAGAUUACCAAAGUGACAGACAAAAACAGCAAGUUGAGUCAGAUUGACACUUGUGUGAAAGACUACCUUGAAGCCUGGCCAGUGAUUGCUAUGGACUAUUUAUGUCGGUGCAUAGAUGUUUUACAUGACAGCAUCCAUCACUUGAUUUAUUGUGCAUUACUUGGAAUACAGCUGGAAAUCAAUGGAGGUUCUGAACAACUGAAGAAAGAUAUACAAAAAUUUAUUAGGAGUUGUACACUUGAUGGUAUCAGUAACCUUCAUAGUAGCUGUAAUAUGUCUUCCAGUGGAGACAGCUGGCAGACUUUGGAUGUUCAACCAGUUGUGCAUACAGGUACAUCCACUGCUAACUACCCAGCCAAAGGGGAAAAAGAAAGCAGUAAGACAAUCUGUCUGACUAUUGAUCAAGGAAAAAAUUUCAAAUUUGAACCAGAUGAAAGCUGCAGGUUUUGUAAAGAUUGGGCUGAGAAACUUAUUAACAGUGACCGACACAAUGCAUUGUGUCUCAAAGUAACUAUUGAUUCAUACAAGCUCCAGUGUAUACAAGAUAUAAAUACUUUAAAUAGAUUCCUAAAACUUGCCGAAAAUGACCAUUAUGCUUUAUAUAGGGCUUAUAUGUUUCUCAAAUAUUCUGGCUAUACAAACAUCCUCUUGAAAUACUGCCAGUUGUUAGACUUGAAAUCAGAUGACAAAGAUGCUCUCGCAGUUCUGAAAGAAUUCAUUCAAGAAACUGAGGAAAUGUCUCAAACUAUGUCGUGAAAAAGGGAAAAGAAUGAACGAAAAAACCUGAAAACUCCAAAU